GGGAGGGGCGGAAGCGGAAGUGGUGUCUCCGCCCCCGCGCCCGCCCCCGGAGCGCUCGGCCAAGAUGGCGUCGGAGCUGGAGUACGAGUCGGUGCUGUGCGUGAAGCCGGACGUGAGCGUCUACCGGAUCCCCCCGCGGGCCUCCAACCGCGGCUACAGGGCGUCUGACUGGAAACUAGACCAGCCUGAUUGGACCGGCCGCCUCCGCAUCACCUCGAAAGGCAAGAUCGCGUACAUCAAGCUGGAGGAUAAGAUUUCAGGGGAGCUUUUUGCUCAGGCGCCUGUCGAACAGUACCCAGGGAUUGCUGUGGAGACGGUGACGGACUCCAGCCGCUACUUUGUGAUCCGGAUCCAGGAUGGCACUGGGCGCAGCGCCUUCAUUGGCAUCGGCUUCACAGACCGCGGUGACGCCUUCGACUUCAACGUGUCCUUGCAGGAUCAUUUCAAGUGGGUAAAGCAGGAAUCCGAGAUCUCCAAGGAAUCCCAGGACAUGGACAGCCGCCCCAAGCUGGAUCUGGGCUUCAAGGAAGGGCAGACCAUCAAGCUGAGCAUCGGGAACAUCACAACCAAGAAAGGAGGUGCCUCGAAGCCCAAGAGCGCAGGCACCGGGGGCCUGAGCUUACUGCCACCCCCACCCGGAGGCAAAGUCAUGAUCCCCCCGCCGACCACUUCCGUCCCCAUCAGCAACCACGUCACUCCACCUCCCAUUCCGAAAUCCAACCAUGGAGGGAACGACGCGGACAUUCUGUUAGAUUUGGAUUCCCCCGCUCCCGUCACCACGCCAGCGCCAGCGCCAGUCUCUGCCAGCAACGACUUGUGGGGGGACUUCAGCACUGCAUCCAGCUCGGUUCCAAACCAGGCCCCUCAGCCGUCCAACUGGGUCCAGUUCUGAACAGCGUUGCGGGACGUCGUUGCGGAUGGACUGGAAGAAGACCUUGAGGGCCCCGAUCCGUGAGGGAAGUCAGGCCCCCGCCCUCCCCAGCACCCGCCCUCCGGACAGCCUCUCGCCGCUUCUCCACCAGCCCAGCGCGCUCACGUCCUGUGUUCUUCCCUUGCCGUGCAGCCAAGAAAAAACAAACCGAUCGCGUGUCCUGUUCUGACCAAGGCAGGGAAGGGCGGGCCCUCCACGGUGAGGGGGGCGGGCUGCGGGGCUCCAGGGCCCCCGCAAGUGCGUGGUGGGGGGGUGGGGCGGCCACCGGGCCUCUGUCGCAGACGUUCCUCCCUCCCUCGUUCAGACCCUCCGACUCGUUUCAGAAUCCAGCCCCCACCCGAGCGCGCCCCCCAGGGUCGCUCUCAGCAGUCGCAGUGGGGGCGCACGGACGCCUCGAGCCUUCCUUUCCCCCGACCGUGAGGGACUCUGAGCGCGGACGUGGGUGGGGCCUGGGUGUUAAAGCAGGGCGCGCCCCCUCCCCAGGCUGCCGGCCUCUGGCCUCUGCUCUGCUUCUGUCUCUCCCCGUGCCGGAGGGUCGUGCAGGCGGCCCCCUGCGCCGUGGGCGUUUCUGAGGCGCGGCUGAGGGGGUCCCCGCCGUGCUCCCGAGCCCGCGCUCUAGAGAGAUGUUUACUUCCUUGCCCUCCGCGUGCGUGCAGCUCAGCGGGGCGCGCUGCUUGCCCCAUUCUUGGCCCCCCACCCCCAACUGCGGGGUUUCGAGGCUUCGCCACCCGGCCGAGAGGUUGAGGGGACUGAAGGCUGGUCUGUGCCCAAGCGGCCUCUUCGCCCGAGCCUGGGAGUUUCCCCCUCGUGGGGCUCCUUCACCGGGCUGCCAGCCCCUGGCCAGGCGUUUCUGACGCUGGCGGGAAGUGGCCCCGCCUCAGGGUGGCCCAGGCACGUGUCCCCCGACGUGAAUCGCCCUCCCCGUGCUUCCCCUACCCCUCCAUCCCCAUUCCUGUCAGAUGCUGUGAAGCCUGUGAAGCGUUUCCUCCCUCAGCUGAUUGUUCCCUCCCUCAGCUGAGCUUCCCUCCCCUCAGCUGAUGUUCCCUCCCUCAGCUGGUUGUUCCCUCCCUCAGCUGAUCUUUCCCUCAGCUGGUUGUUCCCUCCCUCAGCUGGUUGUUCCCUCCCUCAGCUGAUCUUUCCCUCAGCUGAUCGUUCCCUCCCUCAGCUGAUCGUUCCCUCCCUCAGCUGAGCGUCCCCUCCCUCAGGCGAGCAGGCGCCAGUUGUUCUGAGGACCAGACAGAGGGACCCCGUGUGGGUGCGGACGCCCGCAUGCCCCGGGAGGCCCCUCAUUUCUGAGUCUGUUCCCUCUCCUGGAGUCCUUCUCUCGACACUUGUCACUUGGGGUCCAUUUAUUUUCAUUGCCUCCCCUUCCCGGCGGCCCCGCGCGCUCUCCCUGGAGCGCCCGGGCAGGGCUUCGCAGAAUGCCAGGCGCAAACACUAAGGGCGCAGUCCACAGACUGGCUCGUGACCGACGACGGGGAACCUAUUUUUCUCAAUCUUCCUCCGCUGUUGUGUUCUUUGUAUUCUCGAGAUGAUAAUAUAUUAUGUAUUUGAAUUGCCGAAGAGCUGAAAAUGAAGUUUAAGAUAUAUGUAUAUAAAGAGUAUGCUGUAAUGGUGCAAUAAUGGUAUUAAAAAAUAAGGGAAAAGGUG